UGUUCGGCCAGAUUUUCCUUUGAUGGGCAUGCACGGUGCUCCAUCCACGCCCCGUGUGUGCAAGGGGACAAUUUCUCCCUCGGCUUGUGAGACUUGCUCUCAGUGGGUGGGAGCUAUUCUUCACGCUCCAUCCCCUUUGGUGGCUCCAGCACUUUCUCUCCUGAAGCACCGUUGGUAUGCUGCCCGCCGAGCCUGUGCGAAAGGUGGGGUGAGCCUGCGCUGGGCUGAUGAAGAGCUGGCAAGGACCUUGCAAAUCUCACGCGGCCGUAGCCGUUCUUCAGACCGAAGUGGAAGCAGGGGGCGCCCUCCGUCCUCCUCUUCGUCAACGGUGUCAGUACCUUCGUCCCAAGCACGAAGCCAGCUUCAUGGCUCGCCAGGACCUUCUGCACGAUCGUCUCGCAAGCCCCGCUCGCCGUCUGUGGCACGAACCACGGCAUCACCACCUCCUCCUCAGCGGCCUCCACCUGCGGCGCCCUCCUCGGAGCAGCUUUGGGAGAUGUUCUCUCAGAUCAAAGGCCUCCUGCAGCAGCAUGAGAGGAGGGAAAGGGAUUGGCGUUCCCCUUCCCCUGCCUCACCAGAAGGCUCUGUCUCUCCUGUAUACAGUGGGGGCCAGCCUUCUCCUGCUGCUUCGGAACCCAGUGUGGGUCAGCUUUCCCCUGCUCACUCUCACGGCCAUCCCGUCCUGGAUCAACAACGUGACCAGCCGACCAUGGCCGAAGAUAGUAUUGCCUUUGACUGGGCUCAAGUCCCUUCCUCGUGGCCCGUGAUGUACUGUGAUGGCAAACUGUUUGUCAUGCAGAACAAACCGGACUCCUCAGCUUUGGUCCCCAGGACAGACUUAGAGGUACGGGCCAGGAUGAGACAAGACGGUCAUGAGAUUUUCCAGUACCGCAGGGUUCGCCUCUCGCGCCGAGAGUCACACCCGUCUUUCCCUUCUGUCUCGGCUACUCUGGCCUUCGAUGCAGUGGAUGCAGUGUCCUCCGCUGGUUUUCUGCCCUCCUCGUCGGCUGUUGAGAUCUCCAUGUCAAAUGAGGGUAAAAGGAUGGCCACGUUGGGAAACCAGAACUUCGUCAACUGGGGGAAGUUGCAAAUUGAGCCCAGGAGCCUCUGGGUAUCUCUGUUGGCGAGAGAGGAAUCUUCGGCUGCUGUGCCUCUUAGUUCCCUUCCCUUCUUUCCUGACUCUGCCUCGCUGGAUGUCCACAUCAGAGAGUUUCUCCUGGCCCCACCUUUGUCCUCCGCAAGUUUCCCAUGGCAAGCUCAGCACGUAUCAAGAUCCAUGCUGACCAAGGAUCAUCGGGAGUGCCUCUUAGCUACUUUACCUAUAUCCACGGCUUCUGAGUUUUCCCAGAUUGCACACUGGUUACAAGACCUGGCUAAUGCAGCUGACAGGGUGUCUCCAGGAGAAGCUCGUUCUGUGCUUCAAGCUAUCUCCACGGUAGCGGCUGGACUGGCUCAGGCACACGCUCCCACAGUCCGCCCUACUCUGGUGAGUGCAGUGGGUGCCAGACUCAACAUCAGGAGGGAAGCUUUUAAGGGCAAACCGAAGGAAAUGCUCCAGGGUAUCCUGCGCCAGGACCCCUUUUCCCCAGAUCUCAUUUCUGAGGUGUCGCUUCAGACUGUCUUGGCUUCCCAACCUUCGGUCUUUAAGUUAGCCACGACACAGGCUCCCAGUUCCUCUAAUGGUGUGAGUUGA